AUGGCAUGUGGGCCAGGAGAUCUUCAGAGCCUCACAUCUCCAUUUUCUUCUGCCAAACUUGGAAAUUCCCUCUUUUCAGAAGAGCCCUGGUUCCAGGCCUGUGGUCACACCAACAUCGCCUGCAAGAUGGUGAAGGGGAAGCUGGUAGAGGUAGGCAAGUGGCCAUGGCAGGUGAGCAUCCUGUUUCUGGGCGCGUACAUCUGCAGCGGCUCCCUCAUCCACCCUCAGUGGGUCCUCACGGCCGCGCACUGCCUAGAGAGAUCCAAGGACCCCAAAAAGUACUCCGUGAGGGUGGGAGUCCAGCAGGUCUCAGAAAACGGCACUUGGCUCCUGCUCACUCGCAUCGUGAUCCACGAGGAUUUCCACAACCUCCUAUCCCAGGACAUUGCCCUCCUGAAGCUCAGGGACCCCAUCUCCUGGUCCCCCCUCAUCCAGCCUGUCUGCCUACCCAACACCAAAUUCAAGCUCUCGCUCGGGACCAUGUGCUGGGUGAUCGGGUGGGGACAUAAAAAUGAACAAGAAACCUCAAGUAGCCCCUACAGUCUUCAGGAGGUGGCUGUCAGGAUCGUUAGCAAAGGUAUCUGCCGUCAGCAGUACCAGUUUCUCUUCUUGAAGAAACAGAAGUUCAUUGGGAAGGACAUGCUGUGUGCCUCCUCAGAAUUGGGCAUAGACUCUUGUCAGGCUAACUCUGGCAGCCCCCUCGUGUGUCAGGUGAACAACUCCUGGAUCCAGGUGGGGGUGGUGAGCUGGAGCUUUCGCUGCAACCGGCGACGCUUCCCAAGCAUCUAUACCAGCACCCCCCACUUCACCUACUGGAUCCAGAAGCAGAUCGGUGACAUGAGGUUCAUCAGCAGGGCCAGCGCUGCCUUCCUGAGCCCGGUCACUGGCCACAUCCUGCUGGUGUCCUUGGGCUCCAUGUGGCUCCUGUGA